AUGACUUCCAGGCAGAAAGACAUUGCUAAUAACUUCUCCAGGAUCUCAUACCCUUUCUCCCCACAUUUCUUUUCAGGAAUUUCUGCCUUGAAGUGUUAUCAAUCCAACUUCAUCAUUAGUACCCCGUUGACCACCAGUUUCGAUGACAUUAUCAACUGCUCCAGUGCUGAGAACGUUUGCACAGAAGCACAACUUACAUUACGUAUAGGUAAGUCCUGCUCCGCCAGGUGGAUCCUGUGUGGCUGCUAGAUUUUUGACAGAGGAAAAGCAUGAAAUUACUUACAACCCCUAAAUUUCAGGGGCCUGAAAUGAUGCUUUGCAUGCUUUCAGAAUUGAGGUACUUAACAUAUGCUUUGAUUCAUUUUAUUUUCUAUUUGCAGAUUUUUGUACAAAUCCCUGUACUCCAUUUCUUUCUUUUUUAAUAAAAAAAAUCCCUGGCUGUUUCUGAGAGUUGACACAGACCCAGUUCAGAUGUACCACUAAGCCAUAGGUUAGUGCAGAGACAGGGGACCUCUCAUCCCUCCAGAUUUGGUUGGAUCUCAACUCCUCCCAUCCCUAACCAUUGGCCAUGAUGGCUGGGGCUGAUGUGAGUGGAAUCCAACAUCUGCCAUUGGACUAGAUCACACUUGUGGUCCUAUCCAAAUCUAUGAAAUCUGGAGGAGCAUAAUUCCUGUCCACAAUGCAGUGUUACAAGAGAAACCUUCCAUAAGUUUCUCCGGGUUUUGACAUCACAGAAAACUAUGCCUAUUUCAAAUACCUUUUAUCUCCUUGUGGCACAAGCGAACAAGGGAGACUGGUGCAGACCUUCCUUGAGUUAUUUUGCUAGGCUGGUCUGCAUGAUAGAAAUAUGAUGUGCCUUUUGCGUGCUUCAGUGGGGGGGUUGACAAAUGUGAGAGUGUAGAAAAGCUCUGGAUUUUGCAUGGCCGGGAUGUAGGCCAGCCUCUUACAGGACAAGUUGCACCCAUUGCUCCAUCCCGAAUUCCUUCUGCCUCUUGCGUCAGGUGGCCCACAGAUUUUUGCCCACGACUGUGGGCUGAUUUCGAACCCAGCUGCCUGGAAAUGUGUGACGAAGAAACAGGAAGAAGUGGGAAGUGGGAACAACUGUCAGCACUUUCUAGGGCCACUCACAUGAACAAAAUCACCCCCACCCAUGGCACUAAUGUAGACAUGAACCAGAGGGGGGGAAAGCAGAAGGCUUUAGCAGCCCCCUCCCCCUGUACAGAGUUGCCGUACAUCCGGAAUUUUCCAGACAUUCCCAGGAUUCGGCCAUCGGAAACAGUGUCUGGGUCGAAAUUGCUGAAAUCUUCAGGCAUCAACAACUUUGGCCAAAAACCUAGAAACAAAACCCGGACACAAAAGGUUUUUGUUUAAGUUUUUGAAAUAUGGCAACCGUAACCCCACCAGAUCAUGUAUAAAUGACACCCAGAGAAAAAAUUGUCAAGGUAAGGUCUUUGGAACACCCUGCCACUGCAUCGUUCUAUUGUUUGUAUAUAUACAUCUUUUUCCACCCCCCUCAUUUUAGAUAAAGAAGUUUUGAUAAUGAGUCACAAAGGCUGUGCCAGCAAGGACCUUGUGGAUGGAACAAAACCAAUCAACUCUGGUGACCGACACUUUGCCAUCCUGUUCAACCAGAUCUACUGUUUUGGUGACCUUUGCAAUGCAAAUUCGGAAACCUGGAUUGCUCCCAAGACACCUAUCAAGGACACAGGUAUUUUUUAAAUAAGCCACCUGACCGUUAAGUGAGAACUCACAGUUUCACUUGUUGGGCGGGUGGUUGUCAAUAGGGAGGCUUGAAGAAUUCAGUUUGGGAGAUUUCUAAAGCAAGAGGCCCUGUUCUCCAACUCUUGGGCUCAUUUGCCAAAGAAAAGGUAACCCCACUUCUCAAGAAAUGUACAAGACGGUGUGCUUUAGGGUGUAAUUUAGCUGCGAGAGCAUGAGGAAAGGAUAGGAGGGAGCCAUGAGGGGAGUGGGAACAUGGGGUGCACUGUAGGGAAGAGGUGAGUUGGGGGUGAGUGAAGAGUCUGGCAAGUGGAGAAAGGCAAGGGUGGCAGCUCCUAAUAUGUGCAAACAUUCACACACAUAAUAAGUUGGAGAACUGCCUUGCAAAAUUCGGGAAAGUGUGGGUUUCACGCCAUAAGACACACCUGGCCAUAAGACACACCAAGUUUUUAGAGGAGGAACACAAGAAAAAAAAUAUUCUGAACAAAACAGUGGAUGUAUGGUUUUCGUGGUUCAUGCUGUGGCCACAGACAUGUGAUUUGACAGUGAGUUUGGGGUAGCCCAAUGCAAAAAUCCUGAGAAUCCAUGUGGAUCCGUGCUUUGUAACCACGUUUUUGCGCCACUGUGGCAACAGUGGGUACGUAAUUUUUUUGGUGUAGGCUGUAGGCAUGGACAUGCUAUGUGAUCUGAUGGUGAAUCUGGGGUGACCCAAUGCAAAAAUCCUGAGGAUCCAUGCAGAUCCAUGCUUUGUAACCACGGGGAGGGAAGGAAAAACACUGAAGGGACAAGGAGCAUGCGUGGGGUGUGUGGAGAAGGAGGCGGAUAACAAUGCAGGAGAGGGGUUUAAGGGGAGGGAGGAAAGGAAGGCAAAAGUUCUCCCCCCUGCCCAAGCCAGCCCCCCGUCUCUCUCCCCCACCUGCUUGUUUUCCGGCUCCCUGCGCAUCCCUAGCACGCUUCCCUGGAUGCAGCAGCACCAGAGCACAGAGAGGAGGCGUCGGAGGCAGCUGUCGGUUACGCUCCUAGCUGCUGGAAGCUGAGCUGGGUGGGCUGGAGCCUGCACGCAGUGUGACUAGGAAGGAAUUAGCAGGAAGGACACGAUCCUUUCCUCUCUGUAAGCAGCUCCUCUCCUCUCCCGCUUUGCUGCUUUAAAGUGAUCGGGCUCUCAUUCUCUCCCUCUUCCCCGGCUCAGUUCACUGAAAAGCUUUGCUGCCGUGUAAGCGGAUCCUCUCCCGCUUUGCUGCUUCAAAGCGAGCCAUGGAGGAGGGAAGGAAGGGGAACCAUGGAUCCUCUGCUGGCGACUGCAGUGGGAUCCCCCGCCAUCCAUAGGAAUUCACUCCAUAAGAGGCACAGAAAUUUCCCCUUACUUUUUAGGAGGAAAAAAGUGUGUCUUAUGGAGCGAAAAAUACGGCAGUUCCUUCUUUCUUCACACAUAGACCUAUACUCAUACACAUUCAUUUCAGUGGGUUACCCUGAGUACAAUUAAAGUACUGACUGCUUUGAAAAGGGCAAAUUAAGUAGGUUCACUUUGAUAUGCAAAGCAAACCGAAAGAUCACCCCCCAAUCAUUACUGAAGACACAGAAUAAUGGGGGAGCCUCCUAUAAAGGGGAGCCACCCUUUUCAACCCAGCCCCACUUUAGCAGCUUAAUGGGGUGAGUGAUGCUCAACAGGCCCCUUGCUCUUCAUUUUGAUUUCUUAUUGCAGCAGCUGAAGGAAGCAGCUCCAACCAGUGUCACUCAGGCUUUGAUUGGGGCCUUGAUGAUACCGUCCAUCGGAUUGUGACAUGCAGCAAGGGCUACAACCAGUGUUACAGUGGCACCUACAACAUUUCAGUAGGUGAGUUCUUCCUAGCCAAUUUAUUCCACAGCUGCUCCUGGCCUACAAAACAUUUUGCCCCCUGCUGGUCUUUAUUGGUGGUUGUGGGUAGACAGGACUUGUUGGGAAGCAUGCUUUGCCAUUAACAGUUCAACAUCCCAACCUAUUCAAAUAUGAUUUAUGUGUGUGUGGCCAGAGUCAUUACAGAAGAUAAAAGACAUAAAAGAGAAUAGGAUACACGACACAGUUAAAAUAAAUAAUUAAAAUAGUUCUUAAGACCAAACGCUAUGUCAGUUAAGAGUUUGCUCCCCGGAAGAAUUUAACAGAUUUCCCCCCUCAAAAUUGCCACUCUAAAACAAAACAAGCAGCUUUUUCAGACGUGUAGGGGGGUCUGCCCCCUAAGUACUCAUGGGUUUGGUUUACCCCUCAGGCUCCAUGUUCUUCACAAUUCCUUGUGGCGUCCCACUGCAUGCUGGGAAAAGAGGGGCAACACCCCUCAUGCCUAAUGUUUUUUGCCUUUCUUCCCUUCCCUUCCCUUCCCUUCCCUUCCGACAACAGCAACCUUCUUAACGCCCAUGAUCUUCAGGACCUGCCAGCGCCCAGCCUGCGAUGCUAUAAAAAGCCAAAUCUUUGGCCCCAUAAGUAUCACCAGCAAGUCGGGGUCUUGUUGCUCCAGCAGCAAUUGCAAUGGCAAGAUAAUCAACCCAACCAAUUAUGGUGUGAGGAGCACCACCAACCCAUACCUGUCUUAUGAUCAUUAUGGGUCAGGUUUCCAAGGGCUCUGCCUUCAACUUUGCCCUUUACUGGCAGUCCUGGGAACCACCAUCCUCGGGAUAUGGGGGUGA